UCGCGUACAUAAACGGCCGUCGAAGCUGCCGGAGAUGCCACUCCCCGCGCCGUUCCGGGUUUUCUCCCCACCCUCCGCCACCGCCUCAGCCGGUCCCGCCGGAGCGCAGCGCGCGCUGAUCUACGGUCGCCGCGCGCCCCUCGCGGGAGCGCUCCUGUUCCUCAGCAUCGGCGCUGUCAGCGCCGCCGUCGCCUGCAGGACGGGGUGCUCCUUGUUCCACUCCCACCGCCGCCUCCCCUUCCUCGGGGCAAGAGGUCUCAGCUCUGCUCGAAUGGAGUUUGCUUCCACCACCGUGCCUUCCAUUGUUGUAUAUGUUACGGUUCCAAAUAGAGAAGCAGGCAAGAAGCUGUCACAGAGCAUCAUCAGCGAGAAGCUUGCUGCUUGUGUCAAUAUAGUACCUGGCAUUGAGUCUGUUUACUGGUGGGAGGGAAAGGUGCAAUCAGAUGCUGAAGAAUUGCUCAUCAUAAAGACGAGGGAAUCACUUCUAGAUGCCUUGACUGAGCACGUCAAAGCCAACCAUGAAUAUGAUGUUCCUGAAGUUAUUUCUCUGCCCAUAACCGGCGGUAACAGCAAGUACCUGGAAUGGAUCAAGAACAGCACCCGGGAAAACUGAUCUGUUUUGCAGCUGUGAGUGUGUAAUGCAGAUCAAAACGCCCAAGAAUAUGAAGUGAUGGCCCAGGUCUUCCAGUGGCUUGCACGAGGGUGUUUCUUCCGUCGACCCUGUUUAUCUCAGUUACAUUAUUGUACCACAUUAAUACUUACCAUCUUCUCUGUGCCAAAUGAUCUGGUCUGGUGUCUUGUGUGGGUACUGGGUACGCAAAUGCAUGUAUUGCUCUGUUUACAGAUUGACGCGUGCAAAUCAAACCAAAUGAUAUUUAAGCAUGUGUAUUGUUGCUCUUGAUCUA